GUGCUGUCACGUUGCUGAGCUAAGCCUAGCAUACAAAGGUAACUAUGUCUACGACAGUGGUACCACCCAUUCAAGCACUCUGUGCCAUUUCUCCCAUGGCUAUCACGUGCCCUCUUGCUGGAUUAAGGUAUGAAUUCUUUCCGCCAUGCGGAACUCAGUUUCUCUUUUCAGGGAACUCGGCUUCAACUGAAUGGAACAUGCAAUAAGACAUCAUUCAUGGCUAUAGCCUGUAAAACUUGCCUUCACGGAUCACUCAUGAUCGGUGCACUGGGGAGGCCUGGUUAUCAAAAGGAUGCGCGUUUGAUUUCGAUGGGUGCUCCUGCUGGUUGCGUGUGGUGUUCAACGGCCGGGAAGGAGAUCGAUACGGUGGACCGCGCGACUAUCCUUUACCUGGUGAUGAUGUUCAGCAACGCUCGUUACCACUGAUCUUGGACGAGAGUUCAUCUAUAUCAGGCACUCUACGCGAAAACUCACGUGAUAUUCACGUGCUGUUUUCUGGGUAGG